AUUUAUCUGAUCAAUAAUGAAAUUACAAGCAAUAACGAAAUAUUAGACUUUUUCUCUGAUUUAUUUUGUCUUCUUUCGGUGCCACCUCCUUUAUCUCAUACUUCAAGCAUUUAUCAGCACCACACGGUUCUGAAUGUACAAACUGAGAUAUAUUCAUAUACACAGACACAUACAUACAUACAUACAUACAUACAUACAAACAUACAUACAUACAUGAACAUUUAGAAUUUUCUAAAUCUACGUACGUUGAUAUGGAUAUCACAUUCAUGUAUCAUGUAUGUAUGAUAUAAAUAUACGCCUAGAAGAGAUUUACAACUCAGUGGCUAACAAAAAUAACUAGCUCAUAUUCAUCGAAAAAGUAUUUCACAGUUAACAUAAGUAACUAAUUAAUCAGUCGAGAUUAUUAUAGGUUGCCAUGAUCUGUUUUUUGUGUAUGUCAAUGUUUGAGUUUGGUUAUUAAAGUUUAAUAAUAAAUUCUGAUAUUAAUCUUAAGAAAACAUAUAACUAAACUUUAUUACUUUUAUCCAAAUUUUUUUAAAAAAUUACUUAGAUGAUGUCUAGUACUAGUGUUUUGUAUUUUUGUUCCUGUCGUUUUAUAGUUCAUUUGACCAUCUGGAGUAUAUGCGAAAGUUGUAGAUGAUAAAAAAUGCAAAAAAUUAUGUAGUUUUUGAGUUUCGAGUUUCAGGCACCGGUCCAAGUAUAUUACAUUUAUUUAGUUUUUUUUUUGGCAUAAGUAAACGGCAAAACAAAUAUUUCUGUUUGAAACCGUGUGGAGAGAGAUAGGAGGAUAGGAGCAGGAGGCUGACUUUGGACUUUGGAGAGAAAGAGAGUAAAUGCAUUUUGCUGUCCAUGUUGACUCUUUGAAAGCAAAGCCAAAGCCAGGCCCCUUCAUUAUUGUUGCUUUUCUUCCAUUAAUUUAUUAAUUACUUACUAAUUAGCUCUUCGGCUCUCUCUCUCUCUCUCAUCUAUCUUUCUCACUUUUCUAUAAAUAUAACCUUCAGCUCUCUCCAAUUCUUCAGACAAAACGAAACCCUUGGACUUUCUUUGUCUUAAUCCUCAAAACUUUCUGAAACCUUUCUAAAAGAAAACCACGAAGUUUAAGAUUUUGUUCUAUAAGCUUUAUCAAAACCCUUUAAAAGGGAUAAUUUCUUGCCCUAAGCUAGCUAUAUAUUUUCGUAUAGAAAGGACAAAUGGGAAGACCACCUUGUUGUGAAAAGACUGGAGUGAAGAAAGGGCCAUGGACACCAGAGGAAGACAUCAUCUUAGUUUCUUAUAUCCAAGAACAUGGUCCUGGAAACUGGAGAGCUGUCCCUACUAACACAGGUCUGAGAAGAUGUAGCAAGAGCUGCAGAUUAAGAUGGACUAAUUAUCUUCGACCCGGUAUUAAGCGUGGAAAUUUUACUGAGCAUGAAGAAAAGAUGAUUGUUCAUCUUCAAGCCCUUUUAGGCAACAGAUGGGCAGCCAUCGCAUCAUACCUUCCAGAAAGGACAGACAAUGAUAUAAAGAACUAUUGGAACACUCAUUUGAAGAAGAAACUCAAGAAGAUCAAUGAAUCUGGUGAAGAAGAUAAUGAUGGCUUCACUUCAUCACACACUAUUUCACAAAAGCAACAUCACAGCUCAAACAAAGGUCAAUGGGAGAGAAGACUUCAGACAGAUAUCAACAUGGCAAAGCAAGCUCUAUGUGAGGCUUUAUCUUUAGACAAAAAACCAUCAUCAAAAUUUUCUCCAUCAUCAUCAUCAUUGUCAAUCAUACCACAAAACAUCCCUAGCUUCUCUUCUUCUUCCUCUACCACCACCACAAUCACCACUACUACUCAAUGCCUAUCAGGGGUAUAUGCGUCAAGUGCUGAGAAUAUCGCUCGGUUGCUUCAAGAUUUCAUGAAAGACACACCAAAAUCAUUAACUCUAACAUCCUCAUCAUCACCGGUUUCAGAGACCGGACCACUUGUUUCAGCAGCUACCGAAGAAGGCGGAGAAGGGUUUGAACAGUCUUUCUUUAGCUUCAAUUCCAUGGAAGAAACUCAUAAUUUGACUCAGGAGACAAGCUUCUUCCAUGACCAAGAGAGCAAACCGGUGAUAACAAUGGAGCAAGACCCUGGUUUGAUAUCGCAAGGAUCUUUAUCUUUGUUUGAGAAAUGGUUAUUUGAUGAGAAUAUGGUUGCCAUGUCGUUAGAAGGACAAGAAGCGAUGUGCUAGAACUAAAUCAAGUGGGAUAUUUCUAGAAUAUGAGAGUUAAUUAGUUAUAAGUAUUAACCUAUAAUAUGUAUGCUUAUAAUUGCAUUAGGGUUUUAGAGUCUUUAGGAGCUUUUAGCUCUACAACACUCUUUUCCCCUUUUGGUGAUAUAAUCUAUUUUUCUUUUUAAUUGUAUCUUCAGAACGUAACACAAAGGGUGUACGUGUACCCAUCUAAUUUAUUAAUGAAUGUGUUUUGUACUUUAUGGCUCAUAUAUACAAAUGUCUUUCACAGUUUCUGGUUA